CUCAUAAACUAUACAUCUAAGUUCCAACUCUCUGUACCAAAGUCUCAAAAUUACUAUCUUCGUUUUUUCUUUCAAAUACUUGUAAAUGGGGAGGUACCCAUGCUGCAACGUUGAUGAAGAUCUAAAGAAGGGGCCAUGGACACCAGAUGAAGACGAGAAAUUGAUGGAUUAUAUUACUAAACAUGGCCAUACAAAUUGGCAAUUGAUUCCAAAAAAAGCAGGUUUAAACAGAUGUGGAAAGAGUUGCAGAUUAAGGUGGACUAAUUAUCUCAGGCCUGAUAUUAAAAGAGGAGCAUUCUCCAUUGAAGAAGAAGAAACCAUCAUCAACCUACAUUCUCUUCUUGGAAACAAGUGGUCAAGAAUUGCAGCUCAUCUUCCAGGAAGAACCGACAAUGAGAUCAAAAAUUUCUAUAAUACUCAUCUGCGUAAAAAACUACUCAAAUUAGGAAUUGACCCCAGAACUCACAAACCAAUAUCUGACCUCAAUUUGCUAUUAAAUCUUUCUCAUCAGUUCACUUCUAACCAUAAUAAUCAUCAUCUAAUGAAUAACCCCUUAGUAUCUGCUCUCAGAUUACAAGCACAAGUUACAGAAAUGACCAAAAUUCAACAUCUUUUACAAGGCCUUUUUGCACCCAUAACCAAUUUUCAAGAAAAUUUUGCAACAAGUUCAAGUCAUUUUAUCCCUCCAUCUGAGGGAGUUGCAAAUGUCUGUACCAAUAUCCAAUUCUUGGAUUCUUUGCCAGUAGAUUGUGGUACAAUUCCAAAAUUGGAUAAUUCUACUUCUUGCAUUUCAAAUUCCUCAGAAUUAUCCUAUCAUCAGGGUGAAUUUAACUCAAAUAUUAAGGUAGAUAAUUUUGAAGGACUAAGCAGCAGUUCAAAGACACAGACAGAUUAUAUUUCGCUUGAAGCUGAUGCUCAUGUAAUUAAUCAAGAUUAUGAACCUAAUACAUUCUCGCAACUUAAUGAUAAUAUUGCAGCACUGGAGAAAAAUCAUGAGGGUGAUGAUGAUUACAACAGUUCCUUCUGGAAUGACAUUUUCCAAUGAUUUAAUUGUUUUUCUUAAUUAAUUUAUCUUACAUGUCGUGAUGGAUUUACCUUUAUUUUUUCUUAACUUUGUUAUAUUUAGUUGCUCUAGAAUCUUGGUCGAUGGGUUUUUCUUUUGUUUUUGUUUUUUUUUUUUCAUGUGGAGUGAGGAUAUAUUUUGGUCAGUAAA